GUGUACGUGCGGAUUGCUUAACUGAUCGUGGUUGCUCGGCCUCUGACGGAAACCUUAAGCGAUGACGUAGCAAUCAGCCGGAGUCUUUGGCUCGAUAAAUCAUGAAGGCAAACAAUUAAACCGGAAUCUUUUGUGUAUGAGAGAAGGAAUAACUGACAUCUAAAGAAAUCAAACACAGAGGAUUAACUCAUACCUGUCGACAUACAGCAGCAUGAGAAUGUCCCCUGUGGAGGAGAGUGCUAAGGCCACGGCCACGCUGACACAGUGCACACUGGCCCGCUCUCAGCUUGAAGAGGCUAUCGGAGGGGUGGUGAAGGCUGAGGCCCAGCUCAAAGACAACUCCAGAGAGGUGAAGUCUCAGUUGCACAGCUGCAUCAGCCGCCACCUGGAGGUCCUGCGCUCGCGCGAGGUGUGGCUGCUGGGCCAGAUCGACCUUGUGGAGCAACUGAAAGGCGAGGCACUGCAGUCCCAGCUCCAGCAGCUCCACUGGCUCCGAGGCCAGUUUGACCUCCUCAUUCAUCAGUUGGAGAACUCCAAAAACCGCAACGACUUGGCUAACCAGCUCACCAGUUGCAUGGAAAAAUUGUCUUCUCUGAGCCUGACUCCAGAAGAGACUCCAGACAUGUCCUUUCAGGCAGACACACGUUCUCUCCGACAGGCCAUAACCUCCUUUGGGACCAUCGCCACUCAGCACACAGAGGGAGGCCCCCUUCAGAGCGCCAACACCAGCAGUGACAAAGAGCGACCGUGGCUGCUCCAGAGCUGUCCAAUCACAGCUAAGAAACAGAGGGUGGAGUCAUCUCCAGCAGUGGCCCAAUGGCUCCUUGGAAGCCGUCCAGUGACACGUGCUCCGGUUGGUUAUCAGUCAAGCACGAACCCAGAGGAUUGGUUACUCGCUCGCAAGGAAACCCAGACCACCUACCCCCAGACUUCCUCUGACUUCCAAAAGGCCUGGGGCCAGCUGAAGGACCUGGAGGCAUGGCUCCUCAAGGAGAGCGCCCCCCCCAGGCAGAGGGCCUAUAGCAACAUAAGCACCAACAGCUCCGCAUUCUCCAUUGAGAAGAUCGACGAGUCAGAGUUCAACAUGGCUCUGGAAGAGGAGGGGGAGGGAACUCAAGAGGACAAUGUUGAGGACGAGGAGCAGGAUGACUGGCUCAUCACCCCGGCAACCGCCAGCAAGGAGACCUCAGAGCGUUUUCAGAUGUCUGAUGCUGAUAGGCGGAAGCAGGUGUUCAAGCCCUUCCAGGAAGGCUUCUCCACAAGUGAUUGGCUGCUCAAGUCGGACUGUGGUUCCUGUUGUGCCACCCGCACCGAGGCGGUGGAGAUCGAGAACCUGGGCAAGCUGGAGUGCCUGAAGAGCCCCCCUGCCUCUGGGACCACCCGCUCCAUCUGUGCCUCCCCUCUCCAAACCACCACUCCCCUGGCUACCAGCCCGGUGGAGGUCUGGCUACAGCAGGUCAUUCCCAUCCAGCAGUCCUGCAAAGCCAACGAGGCCUGCUCCAGCUACUCUCAGUGUGUCUGCGAGGAAAACUGUGGCAAGGAAGCCCUGAGCGCCUGGCUUCUCAAGAAGGAGGGCCGCGACAAGAACGGCAUGCCCGUGGCCAAGACCACCAGCUGCAAGCCCGCCAGCCUGCACCAGCGAGAGCAGCAGCAGAAGGUGCAGGCCAUCCUAGAGGCCUGGCUGCAUCCAGGCAAGGCCACAAGCAGCCUCACCCCGCCGCCCCCAGCCCCGUCCUCCCUCUCUGCCUGGAUGUCUCCAGAGGCAGGCCCCGGAGAGGAGAAAGCCAGCAGGGAGGAGCACAGCUCCCAGUUCCCCAAGGCAGAGAACCCCUUCAAUGGCCCCCUGCAGCCAGAGUGCUGGGUGGUCUCUGGGAAGAGCAGCCUAAGUAGCACCACCACCACCAGGCAGGAGAGCACACAGGACCAGACCAGCACGGAGCCUGAGGAGGACAAGUGGCUCCUACGCAAGAGGGCCCAAGCUCAGGAGAGACUGGCCCUUCCUACAGUAUGUGAUCUGUUUUCUUGUAUGAAACUCGGGGGAGACAAAGACAAAUGGCUACACAGCGCUCCUAUACAGAUGUGAAGUCCAGUAGCUUUUUGAAAAUGUACUAUUUUGUGAAGUCACUUAAAUGCUGAUCAUCGCACACAAAAUUAUGAUCGCCUUCUCCUGGAAAGCUAUUUUCUGGGACUGCUUUGUGUCUCUCUUUCUACAUGGUAUAUCAGCUGAUUUCAGAGGGUUGGUCAGCUGGCAUGUGCUUCACCACCCCAGCCAGAUCUAGUGACAGGGGUUGUCAGAUCUGUCAAUGUGACCCGUAUCCGAUUGAGCUGAGCUUUUAAUUUGAUAGAUUCUAUGAAUUUGCCUUCUGUAAACAUUCGUAUAAUUCCCUGUGUCCCAUGUCAAGAUAAGUCGUGUAUAAACGCCAACUCACAACGUGAUCUACGAAUCACUAGACUCGAAUGGACCAGAUAGGCAUGCAAUUGUACAUUUUCUUUUCUUUUAAGUUUGAUGGGGGAGGGGUGGACGGAUGGGAAAGCUAGAAACAGCAGUUAGUUAUUUUAAUCAACUUUAUUUCAGAAACACAAUUUUUCUGAGUGUGGUGACACAUUUUUACCAUCAUCACCUGACUGGUAAUUGCAGUGGUCCUCACAGAAUUAGUCACAGAAAAAUUGGUAGAAUAGAAAUUAGGGUUUAUUUGUCCUACCUGAUUGAAAGUAUCAAGAAAUGUAACCUACUCUAUUCAUAUAUUUUUGUUUGUUUCCUUCAAUGUAUGUCUUUUCUUUUGUUCUGUCAUGUUCUUAGAUUAACUUGAGCACCAGACUUGUUCCUCAGAAAAGGCUUCAAACAGACAUGUUAAAGCCGAGUGCUCUUACAGUAGCUAACACUUCCAUCUCUGCAUCUGCUGUAUGCACUACCAAACCCCUCACCAGGAGUUCUGGUGCCAUGUGCCUGAGGUCAGCCUCUUUGUGUUAAGUGAAAAGCAGGACGACUGGCUCACCACACAUGUAGACGACAGUUGGGCUUUCCGUUAACUAAGGUCAUCUCCAUUUUGCUCUCUGCUUUACAGAGGUGAAUCGUUUUCAAUUAACUUUUAUGCAAACUCAAAAUUUGAGUAUGUACUUUUCCCUCACUUAUUUGUCUGUUGCAUAGCUAAACAUGUAAAUGUCCUCUAUGUAACCCUAAUUGUAUGUAUCAAAUAGAAUAUAUUGAAUACCACUGCUAGUUAUUUUUCUUUGCCUCCUUAAUGGAUGUCUUGUCAUAGUGAGUAGACCAAAGAUGCUUCUAUAUUUGUACACUGCCCUCUGGGCUUGGGAAGAGGAGGAAUUGAGCACUGAAUCGUCAGGGGUUCUUGAGCAGUUUGGAGGCAUGAUUGUCCUGUUCAUCUAAAGAACUUGUGCAGGUGCUUCUGUCUAUACUACCAUUCUAUUAUCUAAGCUAUUCUCUGCUGUCAUACCUGUAUCAUAUUUAACUCAAUAAAAUGAUAACCUAAAGUG